AUGGAGUCUACGCACUACGAAGUUGCUGGCGAGAAAGGCGUUCAAGCCCUUCGCGAGAAGCGCGAUUCUAUACAUAGUGUCGAGACGGGACUAGCCGACUCUAGGGUAGGAUUCACUCCCGAGGACUCCAAGAGACUGUUGAGCAAGCUCGACCGACGGAUAUUACCAUGGAUGGCCGGUCUCUUUUUGCUCUCAUACCUCGAUAGGUCCAAUAUCGGGAACGCACGCCUGGACGGGCUCGAAAAGGACCUCGGCCUUCGUGGGCUCCAAUUUAAUAAUGCUCUAGCUAUCUUCUACCCAUUUUACGUGAUCUCCGAGGUACCUUCGAAUAUGAUGCUGAAGCGGACGAGGGCAAGUUUUUGGUUUGCGUUCCUCAUGGUGUCAUGGGGAACAAUUAUGACUCUUAUGGGGCUCGUCAAAAACUAUACUGGACUUAUGAUUGCACGAUCCUUCCUCGGCAUCGCAGAAGGAGGUUUAUUCCCUGGUAUCGCAUUUUACAUUACUCUGUGGUACCGACGGUCUGAGACCGGGUCGAGAAUGGCUAUUUAUUAUGCGGCUGCAACUGUCGCUGGAGCCUUUGGUGGUCUACUGGCCCGUGGAAUCAGCGAAAUGCGUGGGGUGGGAGGAUUAGAAGGGUGGUCCUGGAUCUUUAUUCUCGAAGGACUCUUGACCAUCAUAGUUGCUGCGGUGGCGUACUUUUUCAUUCCUGACGACCCAAGCACCGCUCAUUUCCUUACAUCCGCUGAACGGGAUGAAGUUAUUCGUCGACUAGAUGAUGACAAUAGCCACCUAUCUCGGGCCAAUGAUAUGGAGUUCUUCUGGGAUGCAGUGAAAGACUGGAAGACAUAUGCCUACAGUUGA